UUCUGCUGGGGGUAGGCAGAAACCAGGGCGUUUUAUCAGAAUAACACAGAGUCUUGUUGGGGCUCUGAUAAAGGGCAGCAUUGUAUGGUAAUAGUUUAUAUAAGACCAUAUGACCGCUGUGCUGCGCUGGGCUCUGCUACGGUGCAGGGUAGUGGCUAGUGUCGCGGGAAUGAUUAGCAUUUUACCAACGCAUCGUGUUCACAAGCCAAGAGCCUUCUGAUUUGAUGAUAAAAUAAACACAUUUCAUUUAACCCUUCUUUGUACACAUUUUGUGUACCACCACAGCUGAAGACCUGGAAUCGAAAAUGAACUGGGGGUCCUUUUACGCCGUGAUCAGCGGCGUAAACAGGCAUUCCACCGGCAUCGGCCGCAUCUGGCUGUCUGUCAUCUUCAUCUUCAGAAUCCUGGUCCUCGUGGUGGCGGCCGAGUCGGUCUGGGGCGACGAGAAGUCUGGCUUCACCUGCAACACCCAGCAGCCCGGCUGCAACUCUGUCUGCUAUGACCAGUUCUUUCCCAUCUCACACAUCCGCCUGUGGGCCUUGCAGCUCAUCCUGGUUUCCACGCCUGCUCUCCUAGUGGCCAUGCAUGUAGCCCAUCGCAGACACAUCAACAAGAAGAUCCUGAAGAAGUCCGGGCGCACUUCCCCUAAGGAGUUGGAACAAAUCAAGUAUCAGAAGUUUGCGAUCGCAGGCGCCCUUUGGUGGACCUAUAUGAUCAGUGUGCUGUUUAGGAUCGUUCUGGAAGUCGGCUUCCUUUAUAUAUUCUACUUGAUCUACCCUGACUUCAAGAUGUUCCGUCUGGUCAAGUGUGACUCGUACCCCUGCCCCAACACUGUGGACUGCUUCGUGUCACGACCCACGGAGAAAACCAUCUUCACCGUGUUCAUGCUCUCCGUGUCGGGGGUGUGUGUUCUCCUUAACCUGGCCGAGGUGGCCUACCUGAUUGGCAGAGCCUGUCUGAGGUGUAUCCAUGGUAACCAGGACAAGAAUAAGGUAGCAGGGAUUGGUCAGAAACUGUCCUCCUACAAACAGAAUGAAAUCAACCAGAUGAUCGCUGACCAGUCGAAGUUCAAGUUCAACAUGGGAGCUAGGAAGACCUCUAUGGAGAAGGGAGAGAGGUGUUCUGCUUUCUGAUAGGCUGCCCUGGAAGGGAGAGAGGUGCUCUGCUUUCUGAUAGGCUGCCCUGGAAGGGAGAGAGGUGCUCUGCUUUCUAAUAGGUUGCCCUGGAAGGGAGAGAGGUGUUCUGAUUUGCUGCCUAUGGAGAUGGGAAAGCAGGGCUCUGCUUUCUGAUACGCUGUCUAGUCCUAGUUCCCACAAAUGUUCACUGCUUCAAACUAAUGAAUUGUAACCAGCUUCUAACCAUACUGGAUAGAAAUCCUCAAUAGCUCCAUCUAGUAAUAACAUCAAUCAUUCACUCAUUUAUUUCUUCAUCUAUUUAUUCUAGUGGCUGGUGCUAGGUUCUCAACAUUCCUAACGGUGGUAGGAUAUAGAGAAGAACAAACGAGCCCAGACAAACUCAACGCUGGAUCGGAGAGAGAACUUUGUUUCAUCGUGAUCGACACAGUCACUGUUUUGUCUCACAACCUUGGGGCAGGAACUAGUGGAUAAAGGAACAUUUGUUUCAGCACAUGACUUGACAAACCCAUUGUAUUGGAACUCACUGAGUCUCCUACAGCAGGGAGACUACUCCUACAAUACGGAGAUUACUCCUACAGCGUGGAGACGACUCCUACAGCAGGGAGACUACUCCUAUAGACUAUUCCUACAGCACAGAGACUACUCUUACAGACUACCCCUACAGCAUGGAGACUGCUCCUACAGAAUGGAGACUACUCCUACAGCAGGGAGACUACCCCUAUAGACUACUCCUACAGCGGAGGGACUACUCCUACAGCGGAGAGACUACGGCACGGAGACUACUCCUACAGACUACUCCUACAGCAGGGAGACUACUCCUACGGCACGGAGACUACUCCUACGGCACGGAGACUACUCAACAGCAGGGAGACUUCUCCUACAGACUACUCCUACAGCAGGGAGACUACUCCUACAGACUACUGCUACAGACUACUCCUACAGACUACUCCUACAGCACGGAGACUACUCCUACAGACUACUCCUACAGCAGGGAGACUACUCCUACAGAAUGGAGACUACUCCUACAGACUACUCCUACGGCACAGAGACUACUCCUACAGAAUGGAGACUACUCCUACAGCACGGAGACUACUCCUACAGACUACUCCUACGGCACGGAGACUACUCCUACAGCAGGGAGACUACUCCUACGGCACGGAGACUACUCCUACAGACUACUCCUACAAUAGGGAGACUACUCCUACGGCACGGAGACUACUCCAACAGACUACUCCUACAGCACGGAGACUACUCCUACAGCACGGAGAGUACUCCUACAGACUACUCCUACAGACUACUCCUACGGCAGAGAGACUACUCCUACGGCAGGGAGACUGCUCCUACGGCAGAGAGACUACUCCUACAGCAGGAACGGAUCACUCAUCAAGACAUUGAAGGUCUUUUUAAUGGUGCACAGCAAACUAUGGAGCUUUACUACAUUGCUAUCAGUACCAAGAGGGUUAGCAGCAGCAGCGACGUGGAAAACUGGUUGUCCUAAGAUGGAUUACUGACAACUUCCAUUAACGGUUGUUAACCCGUACAAAAAUAUGGUAUGUUCAUAUCCCACAUUAUACUGUUAUAUAUGAUGUGUUCAUAUCCCACAGUGGUAUAUACUGCAGUACUCUGACUAUUAUGAGGAUGUUUACACGACAACAUCCUCAGCUGCAAAGUAAACCUGUUGUUGAGGUUUCGGCUCACAGCAUCUGAUAGUGGAUUGAUGGAUACAAGUCUUUAUGUUUUGCAAAUCAAAUCAAAUCAAAAUGUGUAGACCUUACAGUGAAAUGCUGACUUACAAGCAUUUAACCAACAAAGCAGUUUUCAGAAAAUACACACAAAAA